GCGGCGGGGGCGCCCCGAGGGGCCGCGGGGGCUCUCGGGCCGUGCCUCGCGGCUCCGGGCGGGCCCGGCCCUUGGGUGACUCGCGGCCCGAGCAGGCCGGGAGCUGCUGGGCUGCGGCCGGGGCCGUGCCGUGCCGAGCCCAUCGCGGAGGCCCCGCGGAGCCCCGGAGGGCGGUCCAGCACAGCUGCGAGCUAAAUUCCUGCACACAGAGCACGAGCUGAGGGAGCCCAAGACACUGAGCCAGGCCGACAUGAAGGUGGAAAUCCUGCCAGCCCUCACUGACAACUACAUGUACCUCCUCAUCGACCAGGACACCAGGGAGGCUGCCAUAGUUGACCCUGUGCAGCCCCAGAAGGUUUUGGAUGCAGUCAAAAAGCAUGGAGUGAAGCUGACCACUGUCCUGACCACCCACCACCACUGGGACCAUGCUGGAGGCAAUGAGAAGCUGGUGAAGAUGGAGCCGGGGCUGCACGUCUACGGAGGGGACAGCAGGGUGGGGGCCCUGACCCACAGAGUGUCCCACCUGACAGCUCUCAAGGUGGGAUCUCUAAGUGUGAAAUGCCUCAGUACGCCGUGUCACACCUCGGGCCACAUCUGUUAUUAUGUGACUAAGCCAAAUAGCUCCGAGCCACCUGCAGUUUUUACAGGUGACACCCUGUUCGUGGCUGGCUGUGGGAAGUUCUUCGAGGGCACCCCGGAGGAGAUGUACAAGGCCCUGAUUGAGAUUUUGGGCAGCCUGGACCCCAGAACGAGGGUUUACUGUGGCCACGAGUACACCAUCAACAACCUCAAGUUUGCUCGACACGUGGAACCCAGGAACCCCAGCAUCCAGGAGAAGCUGGCCUGGGCCAAGGCCCAGUACGACAGUGGGGAGCCCACCAUCCCCUCCACCAUCGCCGAGGAGCUCACCUACAACCCCUUCAUGAGAGUGAGGGAGAAGUCAGUCCAGGAGCACGCUGGGGAGAGCGACCCUGUGCGGGUCAUGGGGGCCAUCAGGAAAGAGAAGGACAACUUCAGAGUGCCCAAGGACUGAGCCCUGCCUGCAUCACUUCAGUCAUCACUGUCACUUCAAGUGUCACUUAGACCUUCCAGAUGUUUUAGGCGUCAAAUCUUCUGUCGUGGUUGAGACAAGUUUUCUUUAGGUUUUUUGUUUUAAUUAAGAAAAGAAAAAAAGCACUUUGCCCUUGUUGAGAUGUUCUACAGCAUAUUUAUAUUAUGAUGAAGAAUAUUUAUCCUCCUCUUGCUCUCUCAAGCUGUCACGUGUCACCUGCAGAUCAUUGUGCAAGUGCUGGUGUGAGACUCGAGGCUGGGCAGGGUCAAACCUGGAGGUUUGGGAAGAAGCUCCUGUCCUUUCUCUGGGAGCCUGCUGUGGAUGCAGAAGGUGGGACUGAGAUCUCUCUGUGUGAAGCAGAGACCAAACACAAGAGCUGAAGAUUCCAAUGUUUCCUCCUUGCUGCUUCUUCAACAUUCUAUAUCCUCCUGGCUCCACUAAAACCAGUUCCAGGGACAGACCUGCUGUGCCAGUGCUGCUUCAGGGUGUCACCUGGGAGCUCCACGGGCUGCUCUGGCUCUGGGAGUGGCUCUGGGGCCACCCAGCUGCUCUCUUGUCCCCAGGCUUUGCUGUGCUUGCACCCUUUGAGUCCCGAGGCUGUUGCAUGAACCUGCUCCCUGCUCUCCCCUGUGCCCUGUGUGCCAGCCCUCAAACCAGCCAGGGCUUUGGCUGCUGGCUCAGAAUGCAGGACCUGCCACUCCUGGUGAGUGACUGUCCCCCUGAGCUGUGGUGACACUCCUGCAGCAGGCUGGGGCCUGGCAGUGACAGGCAGCUGAGCAGCUGUUACCUGUCCCCAGGUGAGCAGGGAUGUGGGGUGGCACCAGGUGUCCAUUUGCUUUAAAAUGCUGAAUUUUAUGUAGUUCAGAGAGAAAAGUGGUACCUGAAGCUGUGGUGUCCCCUGGAACGCUGUGCUGCCACAGCUGAGUGUGACUGUCCUGCUGAGUGUGACUGUCCUGGGGGCUGGGCAGAGGGGAAAUAAAGAACGGCUGGAAGCAGA